AAAAUUAGGGCAUUUCCACCAUUUAUACAACUCCGAUAGUCCAAAACAACACAUACAUACACUUUCUCCCUCAAGGCUUUGAUUUUAUAGUUUUAGGUUUUAGAAUCAUGGGCAAGGGUCCAGGACUUUACUCUGAUAUUGGCAAGAGAGCUAGAGAUCUUUUAUACAGGGAUUGCCAGAGCGACCAGAAGUUCACCAUCACUACCUACUCUCCCACUGGAGUGAGUAUAACUUCCUCGGGAACAAAGAAAGGUGAACUGUUUUUGGCUGAUGUAAAUACUCAGUUGAAGCACAAGAAUAUUACAACCGAUGUUAAAGUAGACACAAGCUCUAACCUGUUUACCACUGUCACAAUUGAUGAACCUGCUCCUGGGUUGAAGACAAUUUUAAGUUUCCGAGUUCCCGAUCAAAGGUCUGGAAAGUUGGAACUUCAAUACCUGCAUGACUAUGCUGGAAUAAGCUCCAGCAUUGGGUUGACAGCUAACCCCAUUGUAAACUUUUCGGGUGUUCUGGGAAAUAAUACUCUUGCUGUGGGGACUGAUGUGUCAUUUGACAGCAAGGAAGGAGCUCUUACUAAAUACAACUUCGGAGCAAGCUUCACAAAUGCAGAUCUUAUUGCUUCAUUGACUCUGAAUGACAAAUUUGACACUCUAAGUGCGACAUACUAUCAUACGGUGAGCCUAUUGACCAACACUGCUGUAGGUGCCGAAGCGACCCAUAGCUUCUCAACCAAUGAGAAUACCAUCACCGUUGGCACCCAGCAUUCAUUGGAUCCAUUGACUACGGUGAAGGCCCGAGUCAACAACUUCGGGAAGGCAAGUGCUCUGCUCCAGCAUGAGUGGCGUCCCAAGUCUCUCAUCACUGUUUCGACUGAGGUGGAUACAAAGUCUAUCGAUAAGAGCGCCAAAUUAGGGUUGGCUUUGGCCCUCAAGCCAUAAGUGGACACUUCUGUUUAUUAUGGUUUUGGAUCAAUAAAGUAGGAACAAAGGGAAUUAUGCUUAUGAUGUGCUAUGCUGGUUCUUUUGGAGCCUUAUUUUGGUGGGUUUUUCGAUAUUAGAAAUGUUUUUGGUGGAUUGUACCUAUUUUCUUAGUUCUUAAACUUCUCAUUUUUCACCUGUUGAACUAGCAUCUAUUGUCAUGAUCUUUGAUUCUCAAAUUUUUACAAUCAAACGGCUAGAUUGUUUCUUAA